GGUACGUUCAACUAAACGAAAAGAAGAAGAAGAGAAUGAAACGAGAACACGAUGCGGCGGAGCUGACACACGAUCUCACGCUCGCGGGCGUGAGUUCGUCUCCGCCGGGAUGCAAGCGGCGCAGGGUAAACGGGAACGAGCACGGCCUACCCGAUCACGCUUCUGUGGUGGAAGAAAUCGAAGAGGUGCACGAGUACCAGACGAUUCUCUUGCGAUUUCCUUGCUUUGACUUCUUUCGGAAUGUCCACCUAUGCGAGAUGGCGGGCGAUGAUCUCGGAAAGCCGGCAAGCAGUUCCACAGCGCUGGCCGCACCUGAGACUCGCACCCGUGGUGAGGCGAAGUUUGCACCGGAGGCCCUCCAGUUUCUGACCCACACCCUCGACACGGACACCCCAAUUGCGGUGCUCAAUCGCGGCGCGGCGAGCGAAAUGGUCUUUGAAGGUCAGUGGUGUGAGGUCAGCGGCGAUGGCACCGCCGUCACCAAUCGGGCUGUGGUGCACCUCGCGUCUGAAGCGGCAGGGCCGUUGACACAGACAUCAGAGGUGCCGUCUGCCGUUGCCGCCUCUUCAUCUUCCGCUUCUUCUGCCCGGGAGACGUCUUCAGCGGUUGCCAGUCUCCUCCCGCACGCGGUAGCUGGCGUGACGGCGGACGAGGAGCGACGCGCGCGCACAGAGCAGCUGCAAGGCUGGGUGUAUGACCGGGUAGACGUUCCAUCUGCUGUGCUUGUGAUGCAGCGAGUGCGCUGA